AUGUCUCAAGCAGCACAGGUUUCGGUUGCUUUCGUUUCUUCUAAUAAUUGUUUCAUAAGUUUACCACUUGUUGUUACAAAUUUUAUUUAUGGUCAACAUCAGUUACCACAAAACGUUAUUUUAGAGUUAUCUUGGCAGGAAGCUAAAAACUUGCGAAGAGCAUAUGUUGGUUGGUCAGGAGACGCUUCUAAGCAACAUAGUACACAUGUUGAUACAAUCGAAAUUGAUCCACAAUUUGGAAGCUCCAUUGGCUUACAUGAUGGCCAAAAGGUAUCUAUGAAAAUUUGUGAAAAUUCACCCGAGGCCAGCUUAGUAUAUGCCGAACCUUGUAGCAUUGAGGAUUGGGAAAUAGUGGAUCGUCGAGCAAAUUAUCUUGAGAAUUAUUUCAUCCAACAAUUACGUGUUGUUUAUCCUAAUCAAAUUGUUACGUUAUGGAUUAAUUCAAACCUCACACGGCUCAAAAUUGUGGAAAUCGAUCCAAAGACUCAAUUUGCAAAGUUAUGUGCAAAUACUGAAGUUUCUGUCAAAUCCAUGGCGCGUCCAACAGAAAAUUUUCAAUCAAAAUCAACUGAAAAUGGCAUAUCAAAUAAUAGUAUUUUCAACUCUCCAAUAUAUUGCUUGAGAUUGUUACCUAAAGAAUAUCUUAGUACAGAACUGCUUCCAUCAUGCCCAAAUGAAUUUUGCUCAGUGUAUGUUCAUUCUAAAGAUUUUGUCAAUAUAAGACUUUCAAAUAACAAAGUUGUGCGUCUUUCUAAAGUGCAACCUCAACAACCGCUUCAUAACAAAGAGAAUGAAGAUAAAACUGAAAUGGAUAAUAAAAGCAGUUCACAAAAUACUAUUUACGUCAAAGUUGUGGAAAAUUCGAAUGUUAUUCCGGGGCACGUAGUUUUAUGUGGGCCAAUAAGAGAUUGCUUGGAUGCUGAAAAUUUUGCCAUAAUCAAAUUAGCACCCUCGCAGAUAAAUCCCGUUACAUUAUCUAAUAUUAUAUUGAGAAACACUAGUCCAUUUCAAAUUAAUCCAUCAAAACCUCAUCAUACUAGCAGUCCAGCUACAGAUAAAUCAGUUUCCUCGACUAUUUUAAUUAAUUCCUUUAAAGCGUUUGUUGAGAACCUCCCGGAUAAUUCUGAAGUUGUGUUAACCAAUGGAAUGAAAUUAUCUCUGUCUUCAGCUAAUGGUAACUUAAAUAUUGCAAUAUUCUUGGGUGUUAAAACCGGUAAUCAAAAUGAUGGUCGUCAUGGGAAAUUUGAUUUUCCCGAAAUGUUUACGAUUUUGACAAAAAGUAAAUUACAAAAUAUGAAGACGGAGGUUGGAGAUAAUAUCCCGAUGCCAGACCAAAAGCUUUUGAAACAGCCUAUUCAGGAUUGUCUUCCGAAACUUGCUGGAGUUUCAAAUCUCACAAAAAAAUUGGAAGGUUAUUUGCGAUCUUGUCUUGGAAAAGUUUCACUACGAAGUGCAUUACGCGUUCCAGCAUUGGGUGGAUUACUUUUAUGUGGUGGACAUGGGUCCGGUAAAACUAGUAUUGCUAAAACAGUUGUAUAUAGCUUGGAACGGGAUUUGCAGACUUUAGCUUAUUGUUUAGUUGUAAGGUGUACUGAAUUAACGGAAGAGCGCGUAUCAUCUGUAAAAGAUAAGUUACAGCAAUGGUUUGAUGAUGCUGCAUGGCAUGCCCCUAGUAUAAUUCUUUUUGACGAUCUUGACAGGUUAAUUCCUGCGGAAGUUGAACAUACAGAUUCGUUCAGAUUCCGUCAAUUGGCCGAAUGUUUCUUUCAGAUUGCUGCGAAAAUGUGCAAAAGACAUCGAAUAACAAUUUUUGCGACUGCACAGCAACAAGCUUCAAUUUAUACGUAUCUUACUACAAGUCAUUUGUUUUGCGAGAUUGCUCAACUGAACCCGCCGACAAAAACAGAGAGGCAUGAGAUUAUUGAAGCAAUAAUGUCUUCGGGUCCUACGCUUGCUCAAAAUAGUGUUUCUAAUAUCGACUUACUAUCAGUGGCAAGUGAAUGUGAGGGAUAUUUAGCUGCUGAUCUUAAAGCCCUUGUAGAACGUACGAUACAUGAAGGGGUAUCUAGGCAAUUGCAUAGUGGGAAUGAUGAAUCUCAAUUUUUGCUCACUCAAGAAGAUUUUCGCAAGGCCCAAGAGGAAUUUGUCCCUAUUUCUUUACGGGGCGUGAAAUUGCAUACUUCAAAAGUCAGUUGGACUGAUAUCGGAGGUUUGGUCGAAACGAGAAAGGUUUUGUUGGAAACCUUGGAAUGGCCCACUAAAUAUGCAUCCAUUUUUGCAAAUUGUCCUUUAAGAUUGAGAUCUGGAUUGCUUUUAUAUGGUUAUCCUGGCUGCGGAAAAACUUUACUAGCAUCAGCUGUUGCAAAAGAAUGCGGUCUUAACUUUAUUAGUGUUAAAGGUCCAGAAUUAUUAAACAAAUAUAUCGGUGCUAGUGAAAAAUCUGUACGCGAUCUAUUUGAACGUGCACAAGCAGCAAAGCCAUGUGUUUUAUUCUUUGAUGAGUUCGAUGCUAUUGCUCCCAAAAGAGGUCAUGAUAGCACUGGAGUGACAGAUCGAGUAGUUAAUCAAAUGCUGACCCAAAUGGAUGGUGCUGAAGGACUAGAUGGAGUUUAUGUUCUCGCGGCAACAAGUCGACCAGAUCUUAUAGACCCUGCAUUACUAAGACCAGGUCGUCUUGAUAAGUCCUUACUAUGUGAUAUGCCAAUACUCCAAGAAAGAAUUGAGAUAUUGAAAGCUUUAUCGAGGAAAAUGGAAUUAAAGGAUGAUGUUGACUUUAGUUAUUAUGCAAAAAAAUGCGAAGGAUUUUCUGGCGCCGAUUUACAAGCAUUAUUAUAUAAUGCACAUCUUGAAGCCAUUCAUGAAGCUAUUGAUUCUGACAAGUCAUUAGAAAAUUCUAAAUCGAAUGCUGACGGAAAUGACAUGCAAUUUAUAUCCUUUAAUUCAAAGUCGGCGCAGAGUACAAGUAAAACAUUAACGGCCGCAGAGAAGGGACAAAUAUCACAAAGAUUAGCAUUAAUUAAAAAAGGAUUUACACUCAAGAAAACUUCUAAAGCGGAGAACGAGAGUGGAGAUGAAAUAAAGAAGAAACGAAGUGCAAUUAUAACGAACGAACAUAUCCAAACAUCUUUAAAGAUAACACGACCUUCAAUAACACCUGAAGAACGUGCAAGAUUAGCUGCCAU